GUAGUAUUUCAAGAUGAACUUUGACGAUCUCGAUAGAAACUUGCAUAUGUGAUGUCGCGUGAUAUUCAUAUGAUUUAAACAAAACAAAUCCCAAAGUGAAGUUCGCAAUGAUGCAACAAAACUUCUUUUGGAUCCCACUGAUACAUAUCCGACAAGAUCAUUAACUAUUCAAUCAGAACGUAGUUCUGAACAAAUUCCAUCUAUUAGUUGGUCAGUUCAUCCAACAUCUCCUUUAUUAUCAAAAUCACCAACGGGAACUUUAUCACAUGAAAAUAUGGAUGGAAAUGCUGGAUUUUUUAUGGUUGAAGUUAAAUUAUUAAGUGAUGAAGAAGUUCCAUUACAGAUGGAAGUUACAAAUGAUUGCCUUGGUCGUGUAUUAUUUAAUCAAGUUAUAGAACGAUUAGGUGGAAUUAUUGAAAAAGAUUAUUUUGGUUUACGUUAUUUAGAUCGUUCUAAACAACGGCAAUGGCUAGAAAUGUCCAAAACCGUUUAUAAACAAUUAAAAUAUGUUAGUCCAAGAUCACUAAAUUUUCGUGUUAAACAUUAUCCAAGUGAUCCAGUUAAUGAAUUUCGUCAAGAAAAAAGUCGAUACUUACUCUAUCUUCAAUUAAGGCGUGAUUUACAUAGUGGAAGAUUGAUUGGAAGAAAUUUAGAAAUGCAUGUACUAGCAGCAUGUAUACUACAAGCUGAAAUUGGAGAUUACGAUGUCUUAUUAGAUUAUUUAGGACCAGAAGGUACAUUAGCCGAUCUUAAAAUGUUUGCUAAUAUUACACCAAAAACAGAAUCAAAAAUUGUUGAAAUUUAUAAAUCACUCAAAGGCAUGUCAAUGAAUGAUGCUGAGAAUAAAUUUCUUGAAAAUGCUGCCAAAUUUGAAACCUAUGGUAUUGAACCUUUAUAUGUUCAAGAUCGUAAAGGCAAUCACUUUUAUAUGGGCUUAAAUCAUGAAGGUGUUAUUACAUAUAGAGGAAGUAGAAAAGCACAUGUUUUUAGUUGGCAAAAAAUCAAUAAAAUAAGCUAUGAAGGGAAGUUAUUCAUCAUACAAGUAGAAUGGGAACAGCGUCGACAUACGCUUGGUUUUAAAUGUCCAACUCCGGAAUCCGCUGAAGCAUUAUGGAAAUGGGCAGUUGAUCGUCAAUGCUUUUUCACCUUAAAUCGAUCUGUCGAUGCCAAAGAAUCCAAAGCUAAUGGUGGUCUAUUUAAACGUCGUCAAUUUUAUACUUUUACGGGAAGAUGCCAAAAAGAGUUAAUGCAACUUAAUUCUAGUAUGCCUGCUAUACCUCAGCCUAGUGUCUCAAGAAGUAGAAGUUUAUUGAAUUUGGCCAAGAGUGUUCAUGAUAAACGACACUCACAAAGUCAAAAUGAUUUGGAUCGUAAAUAUGUGGAUAGUAAUGAAAAUCUUCAAGAUAGUUCACGGAUGAAUCGAUUAAUCAAAGGUUUAGAUCAUCACAGAAGUUCAUUAGAAACACGUAGAAACAAUAAUGAAUUAGAUGAUAUAGAUGAUAAUCUUUUUAUGAAUAAACGAUUAACUGAUCAAUUAAAUGGAGAAAUAAGACAACAAUUACAAUCACAAACAUUAAAAGAUCAACAAUUCUCUCAGCAACAACAUCAACAUAAAAGUAGUUUAUCUACACCAAAUUUAAUCAAUAUUCCUGGGAUUCAUCAAAAUGAUAUGGAAACUAAUGAUGAUCAUAUCGCCGAAAAAAAAUCAUCUACUAUUCAAGGGGAUCUAUUAACAGACAAAAAGAAACUCAUAAAUGUGACAAUCGAAGAGAAGAACGAACCAAAGAAAUCUGAUAUCAUGAAUGGUGAAAAACAACGAACUAGUACAAAAACGGAUCAAAUGAAUAUAACAAAUAUUAUGAAUUUAAUACAAUCCAAUACAGAUCAUGAUAAUGAGGUAAACGAUUCAUUAAGUUCCGGUGUUGAAGCAAAUGCUGAAGCAGCAGAACAACCAUUACAAGUUGAUAUCAAUUUAAAUAAUAUUGAUGGAGGUGGUGUAAAUGGUUUUUGUACUGGUUCAGUGAAUACAUUAUCUUCAUCACCAUUAAAAUCAGCUGAUGAAGAUGAUGAUGAUGAUGUUGAUGUUGAGAAUAAUGAAUUUGUCAAUGGUGCAUUAAAACAAACCAAUAAUUCAGAUAUGUAUCAAAAAAUUAAAGUUGGCAAUUGGCUUGGAGCAAAUGGAAUAAAAUCUAUUAGGAAUACUGAAAAUGAACCUCCUCCAAUCACCUCAAUCAAUCAAAAAACAGAUAACUAUGAUAAUAAUAAUAAUAAUAAUAAUAGUGAAACAUUGAAUAAUGUAUCCAAUGAUCGUUUGAAUACAAAACAAUUUAUAAGUAUAGAUUCUGAAAAUAUGGUUAAAGAUGAUUCUUAUAGUCCAAUAUCUACUAUCUCUCCAAUGAAUCCUUAUUCAAAUGAUCAUGAAGAAACAGAAACUAAAUUCAUUCAUACUAUAAAGCCAUCCAUUAGUUAUUCUACUUCACAAAAAAUUGAAAUGAAUCCAAUAAAAUCUCAACGUAAACAAUUGAAUUCAAUGAAAGGAACUACAAUGAAUCCUAUUAAUAAUAAUUCUUCUACAGUAGAUCUAUUCGAUGAAAAUGCGAAACAAUCAUCAAUGCACCUAUCAACAAUUAAUCGAUCGAAAUCACUUUAUUUUAAUCAAAAUAAAUCAAUAACAACGAUGACAACAACCAUGACGACAGCAACAUCAACAACAACAAGAACAACAGUAGGCUUAAAUUCAUUACCAAAAUCUCAAAGUUCAUCUUAUAAUAAUAUAGAUAGUAUAAAUACAUCGAAAUCAAUUAUUUAUUAUCCAUAUGCUUGUAAUAUAACUACAAUACAUAAUACAACAACAACUAUUACUACUACUAAUAAUAAUAGUAAUACAUUUUCUCCAUCAUUAUAUUCUUCAACAAAUUAUCAUCAAUUACCAUUACAUAAUAUUAAAUCUAUGAAACAAUAUACUGAAUUACCAUGUAAACCUACUCAUAUUUAUCCGAAAUUAUCUCAUAUAGACUAUACAUUAACCAAUCAAAAUGAUCUAUUGUUAUCAUCUUCUAGAAAUGAUUUAUAUAAUGUACAAUAUCAAUCAAGACGACAAUUAUCAUUAGGUAGAACAAAAUCAAUAAAAGAUUUAUCACCUCAACCAAGAGAUUGGCAUGAAAUCAAUUCAAAUAUAAUAAAUAAUAAUAAUAAUAAUAAUACUAAUAAUAUUAAUCCAGAUAUAAAUAAUAUAAUAUUAGAUCCCAUAGAAACAACUUUAUCAAAAAAUAAAAAAAUCAAUUAUAUUGAUUAUAUAGAUACAAAAUAUAAUAUAAUCAAUAAUAAUAAUAAUAAUAAUAAUAAUAAUAAUAAUGAACCUAAAUCGAUUUCUAAUGAUUUAUUAUAUAAUAAUGGUUAUUAUUCAUAUAAUAAUAUAAAACAAUUGCCUAGUAACAAAAAAUUUAAUCAAUCAAAUGUUACUACUCUUAUUCAUACUAAUAGUAAUUAUUAUAAUAUUUCAAAUAGUAUGAUGGCACAAACCUUGUCUUGUACUACUACUUCUGCUUCUUCUCCUUCAUCAUAUCAGAAUGUAUCAUCUUUAGCUGAAGCUACAAAAUCAUUAAACCUUAAUAAAAAUUUAUUUUCAUCGAAUAGUUCAAGUGAAGUAAUUCUAAGAACACAACCAUCUACUAUACAAAAUCAAAGUUCAUCUAAUUCAUUAGCUUAUUUAACACAAUCAUCUAAUGUCAAUUCCAAACCAACAUCUAAUUGUCUUAUAGAUUCAUCUACUUAUUUUAAUCAUCAGAAUAAUAGAAAAUCAACGAUAUCAACAUUGGAUUAUAAUAAUAAUAAUAAUAAUAAUAAUAAUAAUAAUAAUAGAACAGCUGGUAGUACUGCUGCAUAUCUUGCAGCUACCGGUGUUGGUGCUUAUAAAUUAAAUGAUUCAUUAGCUUUAUUAACAACUAGAACUGAUUAUUUAAUUGAAUCAAAUAUCAAUAAUGAUACUGCUAACAAUACUACUACUAAAAAUGAUAAUGUAAUAUAUAAAGAAAAUCCUAAAUCUGUUACAUUUAAUCAAAAUAAUUUAAUAACCAUUGAGAAUAAUGAAAAUAAUAAAAAACUAGAAUCUCAAACAAAGACACCCAGUUAUUAUUCCAUAAAACAAACUUCUUCCUACUCACCAUCAAUACCACCAAAGCCAAGUUAUCUACAAUCAAACAAUAAUCAAUCAAGAAUAAUUUAUCAAUCUAGAGAAAAUAACAAUACUACUACUAUUACUACUAAUACAACUAAUACGACGACUGCUAAUAAUGAUGAUGAGGAAAUAAUUCCAAGUAGAACAUUUUCACGAAGUGGUGAAAUUAAUUCAACAUUACCAACAUUUGAAGAUCAUGCUAUUAGAUCUAUGAAACGUGUUACAGAUAAAGUACAAAAAAUUAUGAAUCUAGAUCAAAUUGAUAAUAUCAAUAAUUCAAUUGAUUCUAUAAAAUUAUUACCACCAUUAGCUAAUAAAUCUAUAACAAAUAAUCAAUCAAAUAUAUCAAUAUUAUCUAAUCAAUUAAUUGAUACUAUUACUACUACUAAUACAAGUAAUACAAAUGAUAGAACUAAUAAUACUACUUAUAAUACUAAUACAGAAUCAAAUACACAAUUCAUUACAUGUUUUCAACAAAUUUUUUAUUAUUUUAUUGUAGCUUUUAUUGUUUAUAAAUUAAUUAUUUGGUUUAAUUUAAAACCAACUUUUGGUUAAUAUUUUUUAAAAAAAAAAAUCAAUUUAACUAACCAAUUAAAAUACAAGAUGAUCAUAUACACACAGUCUCAGGAUAAUAAGGACAACAUCAAGAUUAUCAUCAUCAUCAUCAUUAUCGAUUCAUUGACAUGAUUUACUUUUAAUUCUAUUUAAUUAUAACCAUUCAAUAAAAAUAAAUAUUAAAUAGAUUGAAUUUAAUAUAUUACUUGAAAUACAACAUGUCAAUUAAUAUUCAUUUAUUAUAAUUUAUACAUCAUAAUAAUUCAAUGAUUAUACUACUUAUUAUUAUUAUUGUUUAUUUCAUUUUACUAUUAUGAUUAAUAUAUAAUACAUCACUAUUUAAUUCAACUAAUUAUUAUUUAUUAUGUAUAUGCAAUAUCUAUAUACAAUAAUGAAAGUAUUUUCAUAAUGAAUUCUAUUUUGUAUUAAUAAUAAAAUAGAUGAAUAAUGAAUCAUAUUACACAUUUAUUAUAAUACAUUAUCAUUUUAUUAUUAGACAAUCAAACAGUAACAGAAAGGGUUAACUAUUAAAAUUGUACGAAACUUAAAAGAAACACUAUAUAUAUAUAUAUAUAUAGUUGCCUUGACAAUUGAAAAAUCAAUAACCAACUAAUAAUCAAUUAAACAAAAAUCUUAUUCAUAAAAUGAUGACCCCUCCCUUAAAAAAAAAAAAAAUAAGUGGCGUUGAUUCGCUCAAACAAAGAAAACAAAAAUAUUUAACUAAUCUUAGAUUCAUUUCAAGCUAUUUUUCUUUUUUUUUUCUAUGAAUGUAACCAUAUGUCAUGAAAUAGAGACAAAAAGAGGGAGGGAUGGAAAGAAAUCAAUAAUUCCUUAAUGUUAACUCUAUAUUUUUACCCUACAUCAUUAUCAUCCUCUUUCACAUUACGCAUACUUUAUUGUUGUCAAUGGUGGUGGUGGUGGUGUUGUUGUUACUGUUUAUAAAUUGCAUAAUAUUUUCAGAUGAUUUAAAUAAUAAUUUUUAUUCAAAUUAAAAAUAUAUAUUACUUAGAUCUUUAAUUACCAGUAGUAUUGAUUUGGUUAUAAUUUUUUGUGAAAAUAAAAUUUCUUAUUUUUUAUGAUGAUUGUAAUUUCACUUUCUCCCCAUCACUCUUUCUCUUAUUUCACUUCAGAAAAUUUUAUCAAUUUUUUUUUUUUGAUUUUUGCUUUUGUGAAAUAAAACAGGCUACAUUAAAGGAAUAUACACACUGAUAAUGAUGAACUAUUGAAGGUGUACUACUACUACUACUUUGAUUACUACUUAUUAUGAUAAUAAUAACCUGUUCUUCGCCAAAUCUUCUAUGAAUACGUCUCAUUUUGAAUGAUUAAAAGACAAUAUUGACUGAAUAGAAGUGAAUCAAUGUUUUUCUAUUUGGAUUACUGAAUCCAAUUUCUGUAUAUUGAUUAACCCCAAAAAACAAACUAUUUACCUGAUAUUAGUUUAAUAAAUUCUGAUCAU